UUACAAUAUUUAUCAGAUGAUAAUAUAGUUAUUACAUUAAUUGAUUUAUUUUUAGCAUUAAUUGAGACAACACCGCCAACUCUACAUUGGAUGAUAUUAUUGUUAGCCUACUAUCCGGACGUACAGUUAAAAUUGCGCAAUGAAUUGGAUAAGUUUAUUAUGAGCACCAGUAGUAGUAGUAAUAGUAGUAUAACAACCAAUGUUGAACAACAACAACAAUCAAUUGGUCCAAACCAUAAACACCAGUUUCCCUAUACUAUGGCAUUUAUUUAUGAAACAUUACGUUUUAGAAAUGUGGUCCCAUUUGGCCUACUUCACCGAUCAAUGGCUAAAACAACUAUUGAUAAUAAAUAUCCCGUUCCCGACAAUACGGUUGUCUUAUUCAAUCACUACGCUAUACUAAUGGACGACCAACACUGGCCAUCGGCCCGAACAUUCAAACCCGAAAGAUUUUUAAGUGGAUUCAAUGAUAAUGAUAAUACUAAUAAUGACAAUCAAACAACAACAACGACCAGUAGUGGACAGUUAGCAUCAUCGCGGGUUAGACUAAACAAAUCGCAAGCAUUCAUGCCGUUUGGUUUCGGUAGACGUCAAUGUCUGGGCAUAAAACUGGCCGUAAAUGAACUGUUCUAUGUUUUGGUCCAAUUUUUACGUCUAACCAAUAACUAUGAUAUUGUCUAUGAUACAAACUGUACGGAUAAGCUUCAGUCUACUACUACCGGUGCUACCGGUAAUGAUGUCGAUGAUGAUGUCGACAAUGUUUUGGAUGGCGAUAAUAUAUCAGUUAUCGAUCAGCUAACUAAACCGUAUAAAAUAAUAUUAAAAACUAAAUCAAACUAAACUUUUUAAGUAAAAUAA